AUGAGCUCCUCCUCCUCGGCGUCGGCCGUGCCGCCGGAGGACGACGUCUGCUCCGUCUGCCACGACCGCUUCCGGAUCCCGUGCCAGGCGAACUGCUCCCAUUGGUUCUGUGGCAAGUCCCUUCUCCUACUCUUCUUCCUCUCCCUACCUGGUCCCGCCGUGCCCCUCUUCUCUUUACGGAGAUUUGGCUGUUCUUUCCCUAAUCUCGAUCCGACUGCGUGGAGGGAGAUCGAGCCAGUCGGCAGAUGCG